UCAUAUUAAUUAAUAAUUGAUAAACAUAAUAUCAACAAUCGUAAUUGUGACUUUUUUCUUAGUAAGUUCGUUCGUAAGUAUCUCUUAUGUAUGUCUUGCAUCUGGUGUGUCUGCUUCCAUUUCUUAACGGCCCUACCACACAACAUAUUUCAUAUGAAUUGUGAUAAGCGGAAAAAAAAGAGUGAUCAAGCAGCGAGCGUCAUGCGUGACGAUUGAACCCAGGAAGGGAGGUUAGUGAUCUCGCGAGAGUUUUGGACAAGUUAUCUAAGUUUUAUGAACUUUACUAUUUUAAAUUCGGACUGAAUAAAAAGUUUAAAAUUCGAUGACUUUAAGUAAUUCAAACUUACUAUAAAACAAAUAUAGUUCAGCCCUGUGUGUCAAAUAUUUAACGAAAAUUAAGUUGUGUUUUUAUCGAACGGAUAGUUUAGUUCACGUACAAUCAGUUAAAAAUAUUACACUGGGUCAAUGCAACUAAAUAGAUAAGCUAAAGACGUGGGUCUUAAAUAACACCAGUAAAGACCAAAAACUUUGUUCCGUAUCCGGAAAUUUGUUUGAAAGAAUUUUUUUUGACGGGAAAUUCGUCGACCGAUAAUUCAUCGACCGAAAUUUGAUCGAACGGAAGUUUGGUAAAAUUUUAUUUUCAGUACACACGAUCAAAUUUUGCGUUAAAUUUCUUCUUGAACGCAGUAUACUAUAUAGUAAAACAAAAUAUUGCGUUCAAAAAGAAAUUUGACGCAAAAUUUAGAUCGUGUGAACUGAAGAUAAAAUUCGACCAAACUUUCGUUCGAUCAAAUUUCCGUCGAUCACUUUUGUGUCAAACGAAUUUCUUUCAAAUAAAUUUCCGGGCACCACUUUGUUCAGGUCUAAUGAGAUGAGACGGUUUGUGAAUAAACUGCGUUCAGGAGGAAGCAAUAAGAAGCAUGUAAAGGGUAGAGGAAAACCUGAAUAAGGACAAGAACAGAAAAUGAACGUUUUGGCUAAAAAGCCUCCGAUAACAACAACAACAACAACAAAAACCCAGUUGAAAACUGAUCUCAAAACAAACUCCUGUCGCACUGAGAUCAUAACUGUAACUGUUCGAGUCCAUGUAGGUGGCAUUUCCUUUCUCCUGUCUGAAAUCUGAUAAUGAUAUCUUGUAGUUAGCCGUGCCAUAACAGUGUCGAGAAGUUUGAUAAGUUCCUCGGUCAAAUUGUCUUGAGUUUGAGUUUUUAAUGGCAACUUAAAUUUUAUUUUCUUUUAGAAUCCUGACGUCAUUGAUACUAUAAUUUAUGGUUUAUAAUGCCUCGAAGUAAAGGAUUCUCAAGUUUUGAUCACUUGAGGAUUUUCACCAGCCUCGGGGUAUUCUAUGCGACAUUAUCCGACAGAUCUGGUAAGCUUUCCUUUAUUCGCAACUUGUACACUGCCGUGAUUGGAGAUUAUGUACACAUUUCACAGACACUUUAAAAUGAGUAAAGCUAAAGAGAUAAGUUUCUUUUACUGGUCCAUUUAAAUGAAAUUAUUUUAAUGCAAUGCACGUUUUCAUUUUCAGAACAAAUAUGAUUUUUUUUUUUUACAAAGACAAACAUUUUAAACCAGAGCAAUUUAACACAAGACAUCUUCAAAGUCUUUCUCAAGCGCCAAAGACCAACGUCACGUGACAUUGAUCUUCACUCAGUAAAAGACAACAUUUACUUUAACAGGGAUUUUUUAAUAUUUUUGUAACAGCCACAUGGAGCAUGCUAAUAAUUUCUGAUAAAUUGAAGAACACACGAGUGUGUCUUUCUGUCGGUCCUAACUUUGUGGGACAGAAAAUACCCCGAUCGAGCUGAUUUUAGGUUUUUGCGCUGAUUUUAGGUUUUUGCGCUGAUUUUAGGUUUUUGCGCUGAUUUUAGGUUUUUGCGCUGAUUUUAGGUAUGUGUAGAAAAUAGCGCGGGAUGUAUCUGCCAAAUGUUUUUAUUUGUGUAAAUGUCUAGUGCAUCAAAUAAGUUUUGUUUGAGCGCUAUUACUUUCUAUUUCGUUAAGUCUUUCUUCAGCGUUGGUGAGAAAUGAUGAAUUCCCACACCAUCAGGUAACACUGAGGUUCAGUAGGCUUCCGAUCUGCGUUGAAAACCUACUAUAACCAAGAGGCUGCCCGUGUGUUUGAAAAUGUGUUGCUUCCAAUGUCUGACUUAAAAUAUGUUAUAAUGUCUUUUACAUUUAUUGAUAUGUAGGGCCCAUAUUUGCAGCACCAAGAACAUGUCACGGCGACAUAACGAGUCUCAACCCGACAGGGAAACAUUCAGGAGGUAAAAAUGUCAAGUCAAAAUGUCCUAGUGACCUUGUGAUCUUGAUCUUCUAUUUUUGAUACAUUGCAAAAUAUUGAUCUUUUUUAUUAUCUAAAUAUAAAAACAUUUUGAGCUUCUAAUUUUGAUAUACAUCCUCUCGAUUCUGUAAUUUAAUGUACAUCAUAUUAAUUUUCUAAUUUUGAUGUACAACAAAUCUUUAUGCUCUAAUAUUGAUAUAAACUUCCUUGUGCAAACAUCAAGUGAUAUGUCAAAAAUCAGUCCAAUUAUUUGUUUCAUAUCCAAGGUGUCGCUGCAUCUAUCGUUGACGUUCAACAUGAUCUUCCCGCCUUGAGCCAACACAAAAGCUGCUACCAGGCCAGCGCUGACAGCAACUGUAUGUAUGUUUGUGAAGCUCAAUGAGGGCGGGAAAGUCUAACAAAUUAUUAAUAAAAUAAUAUCGUAGCAAAUAUGUAUAAUUUAUUUAAAGAAAAUUCAACAAUCCCUAAAGUUAAGUUUUGAGUCUAAAUCCUUGACACAAUUUAAUACCGAGCAGCGGGCGUGGGGCCUAAAACUAGACGCAACCUGCGUGCAAGGAAAGCACUUGAUAAGAAUCCCAACUAGUGCUCCCCCCUCCCCCUUGCUUUUUACCGGACCUUUUUUUCACCCCCCCCCCUCCUGAUCUAUAACAAUAUUCUAAUGACCAACCCAUUGUUAAAGAGCAGAUUAAUUUCACCCACUAUUUCAGGGGGAACAAAAAUGUACGCACGAAACGCACUUGCGAUAUAAUAUUUUUAAAAAAAAUCUCAUUUUGCGCAGUCAUCGGGAAUUUCAUUUUAUCCUCCUCUUGGCAAACAGGGAAAACGGAAUUUUUGGGGUUGGCGUGGAGCUGAAAAUUUGAUAGAAUGUGUUUCAGCUCGACAGCUUGACGGGAAGUGGGCCAAUUAGCCGUCCGGAGAUUUAGCAACCCAGCCACUAACAAAAGCAAAGCUAAUAUUAAAGGCUUUAAAAAUUGAGCUAGUUCUGAACAAAAAUUUUGACGCAAAUCCAAACGUACAUUUAAAUUUAUAAUGUACCUUCCUGAAAAAAAAAUUAGCUAUGUUACUUUAUAACACUUGUUACAAGCACUUUAAAAUUACCAUGCAAAAAAGUAUGAUAUAAGAUUCUUACAUUUGCAAAUACUAUUUUUUUGGGUACAGGUAUUCAGGCUUCAGUCAUUGCAGCCAUUGCGAGUCGGGAAUCCAGAGGCGGAAGUCUUUUAGUUGGCACUGGGGGCUACGGUGAUAAGGGAGCAGCCUGGGGUAUCUUACAGGUCGAGUUUUCUAAACUUUAUCAAAUAUAACGGGAUUUUUAAUUACCUGGACAACAAACGAUUUCUUUAUUUGACUUAAAUCUAGUUUCAUGAACGUACAUACCUAUGUACAGAAAGGCCAAAUGUUGACGAAGUAUCUCCAUGCUGUUUCUCAGUGUGACAUCACUCAGUCCGGUCUGCCUUGUGAGUCCGUGCCAUGGGACAGCUGUGCUCACAUUGAGAUGAUGGUCCACAGACUCCUGGUACCCUACAUCAAUCAGGUGAGUUAAAAACAAGUAGUAUAGCAUAACCGGUAGGUGAUACGUCAAUAAAGGUAAGAAAUAUUCUCCAAAAGUGGACGGGACACUCUUCAAUGCUCUUACAUGACAUACAACUUGGACGUAAGUUUGGCUGGCUAUUGUAAAAUUAUUUAAAGAUAUGAGACUUUGUUAACACCUACAUCAUUCAUAACAUUCCUGAAAAGAAAACAAACAAGUUAUUUUGAAUAAUGAAAAGUCCCCCUUUUAUCUUAUUUAAACGUCACAUUUAUAGUCUAUCUCCAUUUAUGUUACAUUUUUAUCUCCAUUUCAAACCACAUUUAUAUCUUCAACUUAUAUCUCCAUUUAAGUCUCCAAUGUAUAUCUCAUUUAAUUCCACACUUAUAUCUUCAAUUAAGACCAUAUUUAAUUUUCCAUUCAAGUUUCAAUUGAUAUCUUAAAUUAAGAACAUAUUUUUAUCUCCAUUUAAGUCUCCAAUUUAUAUCUCAUUUAACUCCACAUUUAUAUCUUCAAAUUAAGACCAAAUCAUAUGUCCAUUUAAGUCCAUAUUUAUAUCUUCAAUUAAGACCAUAUUUAUAUUUCCAUUUAUGUUCACAUUUAUAUCUCCAUUUACGUCCACAUUUAUCUAUUCAAUUAAGACCAUAUUUAUAUCUCUAUUUAGGUCCACAUUUAUAUCUUCAAUUAAGACCAUAUUCAUGUCUCUCUAUUUAAGUCCACAAUUAUAUCUUCAAUUAAGACCAUAUUUAUAUAUCCAUUUAAGUCUAAAUUUAUAUCUCUAUUGAAGUCCUUUUUAAAGUUAUCAAUGAAAUCUUCCUUUAAGAAUCGACAUAAUGUUUACAUGGUAUUGUCACUUUACUCAGGUGCACACCAAACACCCCAGCUGGACCCAAAGUCAGGCCCUACAAGGUACAUGCAUUUUGUAUAAUACAGUACACAUUUAUCUUUUUCAAAAUAACCCAGCAACGAGAAUAGUGUGAUUAAAUUGAGGAAGUAAAGAUAUUUUUGAUCAAUUUCUCCUGUUGAUGACGUCAAAUGAUUUGGUCAUUGAGAACGACAAUUUUUAUGUUUGUGUCAAUGUCCCGGACCAGGUGGUGUUGCUGCUUACAACUUUGGCGUGGGGAACGUCAAGACUUUAGGUGGACUCGACAUCGGAACCACCGGCAACGACUACAGCAACGACGUCAUCGCUAGAGCUAAGUGGCUGUACGCUCAAGGCUGGAACUGAAGUGUCAAUGUAAAAGAGUUGUUUUUUGUUGUUGUUUUUUUAAACUUUCAUUUUGGAAAAAAUAAAAUGAAAGGACGUC